AUGACAAGUCUCGUACAAACCAUGCGGACGACCGCCGCCGCCAGCAAGACGCUCACGUCCUCCAUGCGCGCCCUCACCCUCUCGAGCCGGCCGGCCGCCCUCCCCGCGGUGCAGACACGCUGCCUCUCGCAGGCCGCCCUCACGGGCGUGUCCAGCAGGAUGACGAAGACAAUGACGACGGUUCCUAGCGGUGCGGCUGCCCCUGCCGCGGCGGUGCAGCGUGGGGUGGCGGCGGUCACGACGCAGCAGGUGCGCGGGAUGAAGGUGCGCAGCGCGAUCAAGAAGCGGUGCGAGCAUUGCAAGGUGAGUGGUAAAUUCUGGGUUGGGGGUUUGAAAUGGGGAGUUGGGAAUGUGUUUGGGAGGGUUACAUGUGAGGAAUUGGGGCUGAUGAGUGGAUUCAUCCCGGUUUUGCAGGUCGUCCGGCGGAAGGCAAACAAGCGGCACAACGGCUACCUCUACAUCGUGUGCCCGGCGAACCCGAGGCACAAGCAGCGGCAAGGAUAG